AUGUCAAACGUGGCCACAGGUACUGAUAAUAUCAUCGAGAGGGCAUCUCUGAAACUCUCGUUUAUCAUCAAAUACCUCCUGCCAGGCAUACGGGGGGAAAUCUUAGCACUCUGCCACUCACGAGAACCCCAGCCGGACGGCAGCUCGGGACACAUGCUGCAAUCAGGUAGUUUAGCCGAGGGCUUGUUUUUGCCGAACAUGAUGAGGCGGCAGGAUACCGGGAAGAGUUUCCCGGUCACCUUCAAUUUUGACGUGGAUAUUGCGCGUUGUGUUGAGAUGGAGCGUGGUGCCAGAUUGGAGACCUGGAGGCAGAAUGGAGACCUUAAACCUGGUUUUUGCCGCAUUUUAAAGCCUACCAGCUCCGAUGGAAAUGGAGGCUUGUAUUAUUCAUCUGCUCGAGCUAAGGAAAAAAUGUUUGAAAACCUUUCAAGCAGUUUGGACCAUUCCGUUUUCCUCCUUGACACCUCGAAGGAUAGAGCCGCCGCCCUCCUUGAAUCUAGGGAAUUUUCCUUGAACUUGGACGAGAUCCUCGCGGUUUGUGCUGAGUGGCCCGAAGAGGCGAGCGAAUGGCGAGAACGGAGUCGACCAGCAAAAUGGCCCAGCAGUGAGCUGAUAGAGGACAUCAUGAAAUCAGGUUUUCCUUUUUUAUUGCUAAGAUGAGAAGUAAUAUAUCAAACAUGAGACGCAGUGUGUCAUCACCAGAUGAAACACCGAGAAGAGAGUUGAAAAUACGACGCGCAGCGGGGUAUUUUUUACGAAGUGCGAGGUGUUUCAUCUGGUGAUGAAACACUGCGUCUCAUGUUUGAUAUUUCUUCUCACACAAAAUCAUUUUUGAAGGAGAAAUUAAGGAUGCAAAAAUGAGCAGUUUUUCAUCUGAUAUCCAACACUCAUUAAACAUUAAUUUCCUUUGAAUUUUCUUUAUGAAUUAUUAAUGAGUUUGAGAAGAGGGCUUAAGUUAUUACGAGACUACAUCGGAGCCGUGAAGGACACGAGGCCACGUCUCAGCUAUAAUCCAAUGAGUGGCUUAACUUGUUUGGCUUUUCAAUAGACGCGCACUCACCCUAAACGUGCCUGCGCUCUGUAGGCAACAGUAACAGGGAAGCAUUGUUACUCAGCCGUGAUUUACGAGUCGCCAAAUUUCCCAUCGCCUUUUUGAAUUUUAGCUAGGUACGAUAAUAAUAUGAUUCUUGUCGCCUAGCGGCGUAGUUUAGUUAGUUUGUAACAUCGACUGUGUUACUUUUGUCAGUACGUUAACCCAAAUGUCCCACUAAGAAAAAUCUUGGGCUCGCUCGAUGAUGCGAGACACGAUCGUAAGCUAAAAGUCUUGCUAUUUUUGUCGCAGGUAUUCAUCUUGUUCCAAAACCACAUGCCUUGAGCCAGGACAAGGACGUGGAGUGGCGGAUGUCGUUCGCCCUUGCAGAGAUAAAACUGGGACGAAGUCUCCGCGAGGAGCAGAGGCUGUGUUACUUGGCUGUGAAAGCACUGCACCAUAUGGAGCUGAAGGAACCCAAGGGACUGACAUCUUAUCAUCUCAAGACGAUUCUGCUCUGGACGUGCGAAAAAACUCACUCCAGUUUAUGGACCAUGGAUACGUUGGGACGGGGUUUUCUGACGCUACUAGACGAAGAGAUAAGCUGUUUGAGGGAAGGACGCAUAUCGAACUACUUCGUGCCAGAGUACAACUUGAUCGAACUUGUGAAAAAGGAGAACCUCGGCGUCUGGAUCGGGAAACUCGAGGCCAUCCGAAACGACCCAAUUCCCUUUCUGAUCCAAUAUCACGAUCUCUACCUGCGCCUGUCUUCACUCUCGCGACCAAAAAAUGAAGACAACGCCUUAAAGGAGAGCAAUUGGUACGCUACAGGGAUCCGUCUUGUGGCAAAGCACGACUCGAUUGACGGGGAGAAGAGCGUGUUCUUGCAGGCGCUUUUUCAUCUCGGCUUUUGUUACGCCGCAGAGGGGAAGUUCCUUGACAUGGCCUACCUUGCAGCGCACUUCAAGUCGCUUGAAAACGAACUGACGAUGGUUGAAGCUCCCUUUGAAGGGCAUCCAGCGCGAGUGAAACUUCUCAUUCGCUUCAUGGAAGCAUUGGUCUAUUACUACACGAAUAAUGAUGAGCAAACUCCUACUCACAGAAUGAUGAUGAUGGUGACCACCAACUUAGCAAGGCUGCAGCACGAAGCUUCGAAAGUAGCCGAAAGUGAAUCUGAGCGGGAGCUAAGUUUGGCCAAGGCUUACGAAGGGUUUAGCAAGAUUCUCACCUCUGUACAACACGAUGCAAGCAGUGCGUUGCUCUUUGCCAACUUCCUGUACGACCAGAGGCGUUUAGAUGAGGCCAUCGUCGUCCUGAAAAAGACUCGGACCACGCCAUGUUGGUGCUCCUUCAUUGUAUUCAACGAAUACACUUCCCACACCCCCGAUGAUUUUCUAAAAGAGGAAUUCCAAGCUCGUAUGGAGGUAGAGUACUGGGUGCCCACUUUCACUCUCUAUCUCUUGUUCUCUUGUUACGUCGACAAUGGGCAAAUCGGAAUGGCUCUCGAAUUGCUGCCGGAGCUGUUUGACGAGCGUGAGAGGUCAUUAGAAGCGUUCUCGUAUGGCGAUUCAUGUGUCCUAUUGGGGUAUUGUUACUUGAGGAUAGGGGAGCGGGAAGAAGCUUUGAGUCUGUUCAAGGAGGCUGUAGAUGAAUACGUGUCGGACGCGGGGAAGUACUGGUACAAAAAAACGCUACAAGAGGAUGGCACACAGAUGCCGGAAAGGCCCUGA